AUGGAGACGCAAAUAUGCACAACGAAUUCAACUUUUACGGAAAACAAUCGAACGUUUUCGAACGAGACCAAUUUUAAUCUGUCGCUCUAUGACUUCGAAAUCGGCGGGAAUUAUAGUGCCAGUUCUAAUUUGACAGGUGUCUAUAAUCUGUGGGCGUUGUCUUUAAUCGUGUUCCCGUUGUUGACUCUGUUCGGUAAUGUGUUGGUGAUUUUGAGUGUAGCCCGGGAGAAGAGCUUACAGACCGCCACGAAUUACUUCAUCGUUAGUUUGGCUGUGGCCGAUCUGUUGGUUGCGGUCGUCGUAAUGCCCUUUGGAGUUUAUUAUUUGGUGAACGGUAUAUGGGGUCUUCCAGCUGUCGUCUGCGACUGCUACAUCGCGAUAGACGUGACUUGCUCGACAUCCAGCAUCUUCAAUCUCGUGGCCAUCUCAGUUGACAGAUACAUAGCAGUAACGCAGCCAAUAAAAUACGCCAAACACAAAAGCAAUCUCCGCGUCUGGCUUAUGAUCGGCGUGGCGUGGAUCGUGUCAGCCGCGAUAGGUUCCCCCGUGGUCUUGGGUUUGAACAACACGCCGGAUCGCAGCGAACAGCAGUGCCUCUUCAACAGCACGGACUAUGUCAUAUUCUCAUCGCUCGGCUCCUUCUACAUUCCUUGUAUCAUCAUGAUGUUCCUGUACUACAGGAUUUUCAAGGCAAUACGGCAACGCGCGAAGAAACAGCGGGUAGCUAAAACAACGUCCACCGUCAGUUCCGCCGUGUCGACAGGCGCGACCGCCGUCAUCAUCGAAAAUGUUGCGCACGCGCAUCGCUUCGACAUCCCUGAUGAUAAGCCCACCAACACUGCUUCAGGGAGCAACGACGACGAUGAUGAUAAUUAUGACAAGACGGAGAUGGGCGCGUAUGCUGAGGAGUUAGCCCAAACCAGGUCAGCGAGAUUCAUGUUGGCCGCUGUCGUCGAGGAGACAGGCUUAAUAAUGGCGAACCUCGCGUCGCCAAUACCGAUGAUGGAUCCUAACACGAAUAACGACUCCGGGUACGCGCCGUCAAACAUGGACGUGGAUAAAGAGCAUUCGCCUCCGCCGUCUCCAAUAAAGGAGGAGAGAAAAGAAGAGACGGUCAUAGAGGCCCCUAAGAAACCAGAACUAAAAAAAAAGCUGAGUCGACUUAGCAAUAGCUCGCUGAUGACAACUCCUCGCCGAAGGUUUCGGAGUGCAGCUUCAGCCGCGAGGUUCACAAUCUUUAAAGCGAACAGGGCGGGCAAGAUGAGAGCCAAGUCCUUUGCGAAGAAGGAGAAAAAAGCGACACAGACGUUAGCAAUUGUAUUAGGUGUAUUUCUCUUCUGCUGGGCACCGUUCUUCACCUGCUCGGUGCUUGAUGCUCUGUGCACCAAGUUCGGGCUCAGCUGCUCCCCCGGGGUUACGGCUUUCAUCCUCACCACCUGGCUUGGAUACAUCAACUCAUUCCUCAAUCCCGUCAUCUACACAAUCUUCAACCCUGAGUUUAGGAAAGCGUUCCGAAAAAUUUUGCACUGCUCAUAA